AUGGCCAGUAAAGGUCAUUUUGUUGUAUACACCGAUGACAAAAAACGGUUUGUGGUUCCCUUAGAAUAUGUCAGCAAAAUGAUCUUCGGGGAGCUCUUGAGAAUGUCUGAGGAGUUUGGACUGCCUAGCAAUGAACCCAUCGGCAUCACAUUGCCUUGUGAUGGUACUUUCUCGGAGUAUGUGAUUUAUUUAGUUCAAGUACACAUGCCAGAAGAUCUAGAGAAGGCUUUACUCUCACUUCUUUGGCAACAUGCCAAAGCUCGGGAUCGUGUUCAAUUGCUUUAG